CGUCAACCAAAGCGAGUUGUGCUAAGACUCCGCGUCGAUGACAAAGAAUCCUGGAGGCAACCUGACUUCAAUGAUGCCAUUGAGGUAUACCUCACAUUCGCCGGUGUUCCAGACUCCUUUCCAGAACAUGCCGCACACGUCGAGCCUUUCCAGGACCCGUCACUCCCGCAGAAAUACUUCCACAUCACACUCGACAUGUUCAAAGACUCGAUCGUCAGCCCUGAUAUGAACACACUUCCACACGAGGUCUAUAGUGUACCCCGUAAUCCCAACGGCAAAUUCCGAGUUGAUCGAUUGCAGAACGCCCAAAACAUGAUACCGAAAAUACGCUCGUACACUACCGACUUCUACACUUGG